GAAAGCGCUUUGAAUGUAGUAAGUUUCAUAUGAAAUCCGUCCACUCUUGACUCUUCGUCUCCCAUCUGUGACGGCGGGAUCAAUGCAAUGGUCGAAGGCUCAAAGUUCAAAGAAUCUCAUGUAUUGGAAAAUACUAAGCUGUGGAACAACGUAGGGAGGAUGCCUCGACCUUUUAGUAUUGUCCCGCCCAAGCAUUCCGGCUUAGCUUCGUUUUGCACCUGUUUCCGAUAUCCUGUCCUCGGCAGAUCAUGCCGUUACGCCAGCCGUCACACCAUCUGAGUCUCCAUUUGACGGGUAAUGCCAAUUAUCUC